CUGCAUCAGUGACAUUUACUAGAAUUCUGGAAGCGUCAGCGAAAUGUCUGAUAAUGAUGUUCAUGGUUCUGAUGCCCAGCAACGGGUCGAAGAUGAAUAUCUAAAGGAUUUUAUGGAUUUAAGCCCAUGUGGUGAUCGUGGUAUCCUCAAAAAAGUAUUGCGAGAAGGCUAUUCUGACGUCAAGCCAUGUGAUGGCGACACUGUGGUUGUACAUUAUGUCGGGACUAACUAUGGUGGGGAAAAACACGGUGAAGUCUUUGACUCAAGUAGGGCACGGAAUGAGAAGUUUGAAUUUACUAUUGGAAAUGGUAGUGUAAUUAAGGCUUGGGAUGUCGGUGUCGCUACAAUGAAGUUGGGAGAAAUUUGUGAACUAAUCGCGUCUCCUGAUUAUGCCUACAAAGAUGGUAAAACUCUAAAGUUCGAAGUGGAGCUUUUCGAAACCUUGGGCGCUGAUGUCAGCAGAAACAAGGAUGGGAGUAUUCGUAAAUCAACUAUUAGGAAAGGGAAGGAUAUCUAUAACCCUGUUGCUGGUGCUGAGGCCACAAUUGUCUUCCGUAAUUUGACGGAUUCAGCAGAGAAUGUGGAGGUGACAUAUUGCGUCGGUGAUCCCCCGUUAACUGUGCCAGAAGAGUUGGAUCUGUGUGUUCGUCAUAUGAAUACAGAUGAAUUUAGUCGUGUUGUGGUAUACAAAGAUAAGAAUUCAGCAACUGAGGGUGCAGACGGACAUCGGGUAGUUUAUGAAUUAACGCUGAAGUCUUUUGAAAAGACUAAACAUCUAUCUGGUAUCUCGUCAUUCUCAGAGCAGAUGGCGUAUGCAAAUGUACUGAAAGAAAAAGCCAACAACUUUCUAAAGGACUCUAAAUUUGAUUCUGCUAUUGAAUUGUACAAACGUUUAGAUGACGAGUUGCAGUACAUAGUGGCUAAUGGCCCUACAGAGCAGAAGGAAUUAUCCGCGGUUAUUGUAGCCGUCCGACUUAAUUUAGCUUUGAGUUACCUGAAGCAAUGUAAACCAGAUAAAUGUAUUGAGUUCUGCAAGAAAGUAUUGGACGUUUUUGGUAACAACGAAAAAGCGUUAUUCAGGAUAGGUCAGGUAAAUUAAAUACACAAAAUUAUAUUUCCAGGCGCAUCUGCUGCGUAAAGACCACGAGGAGGCGUCAGUUUACUUCAAGAAAAUUGUAGAAAGCAAUCCCAACAAUGCGUCUGCUGUAAAGCAGUUGCAUAUGUGCGAGGAAGAGAUUAGAAAGGCCCAAGAUAUGGCAAAGAAAAGGUUCCGGAGCAUUUUCGAGCGCUGUAAAGACUCUGGAUUGGAUGGUGUUGAAGAACACAAAGACGGAGUCACGUUGAAUGGCGAAAAGUCUGCAUUGUAAAAGUUUGCUCCUUAAUGUAAUCUAAAUGAGCAAUCCGUGAUUUUGUAAAUGUUCCCCAUAAUUGUUACCAGUUUCAAAGUUGUGAAUAAAUCAUUGAACCUAGAUUUGUGUUCUCUAAUGUUUAAUAGCAGCACGUAGUUAACUUAGAGCUCAUACCCUAUAGAAAUUCUAAUUGUUGCUAGUCUGCUUAGCAUUGUUGACUUCAUGGUCAGAUAAUUACCCAGUAAUCGGUUGUUUAUGUAUUGGCUCGCUUUUUGUUUUGAAUGCCUCUGGCUGUGCUUCUAGCUAUCUUAAUGUACGGUGAACGGAUGUAACCGCAAAUAAUAACGCCCAACUCCAGCUAGGAGUACAACAUACUGUGUCGGGGGGGUUAGACUAUCUUAGCUCCAGGUAGCAACUAUGGCAGUGUAAAUCACUUUUUAGCGGCGUAAAGUACCCUCCCUCCAGUACUGACUGAGUCAUUGAUAUACCCCAGUGCCGUCCGUGUUAUCCCCUGGUCAACAGGCGAGAGGGAUUGUUGGGGCCGUCAUAAGCUUAUCCGUAUGACAUUUGUUGCAUGGAUCACUUGGUGCUGCGUGGUAGCGUAAUGAAUCUAACCAAAACUGCGUAUCGAAAAGUGGGAGUGGAUGUCUGAAGUAUGAACAACUUCGACCGGUUUCGGGGGAGGAAGUUGGUGCGUUCAUCUGGGUCAUUGAGGUAGGCUUCCUAUCAUAUUUUAGUGGGUCUUUAUCUGAUCCCAGUUAAGUCGUACGCUGAUUACUGUCAAAACAUGUAUGCUACCAGCUUUCGUGUAUUGUUAUUGACCUAAUUCGCGUUGGUGAUCAACGGAAUGAAGUAAUCCAAGUUUGAGGAUGUGUUUUGGAUUUGCAUACUUUGUACACAUUGAUGCAAACAGACAUCCGAAAGAAAGGGAGCGGAUGGAAG